AUGAAUAACCUUCUAUUAUGUAAAUCAUUCAUUUAUUCUAUUUUAUUAUCUCUUCAAGAGUACAUUUAUUUUUUUAAAGGAAGGUUGUGGUUUACAUUAGAAUUUAUUAGUUUUAUUGGAAUGUUUUAUUCAUUUAUUACCUUACAUUUUAUUCUUGUAAUAAUAUUUUGUAUUUGUUUUAUUUUAAUAUUAAUCAUUCCAACACAAACUAUUACUAAUCCACAACUUUUAGUUUCACCAAAUGAAUUUACUCAAAAAUUAUCUCAUUGUUUUUCUUUAAAACCAUUUAAUUCACCUAUUUAUCUUUGUGAUGGAAUUAUUCAAACAAUUAAUGUAUUUGCUACUCGUUUUCCUAUUAAACUAGAAUUUGAUCGUGAAUUUAUUAAUGGAUAUGAUAAUGGGAAAUUCGCUGUUGACUGGCUUUCUAAUCAACAAACCCUUUCUACUAAUUCACCAAUUUUACUUGUUUACCAUGGACUUGCUGGAGGUUGUAGAGAAAGUUAUAUACAAAGAUUUGUUUAUUAUGCUCAACAAAAAAAUUAUCGAAUUGUUGUUUAUACUUACAGAGGAUGUGCUGGAACAAAAAUGACAACACCUCGUGCGUAUAAUAUCACUUGCUUAGAAGAUAGUGUAACAUGUAUUAAUUAUAUUCAUUCUAAAUAUCCAACAGCACCUAUCAUUACAGUUGGUUAUUCAAUGGGAGGUAUGGUAUCAACUACUUUAUGUGGUAGACUUGACAAUUUAAGAGAAAGUUGUAACCUCAUUGGUUGUGUUGCUAUAAGUGCUACUUGGCCCUCUCUUUCAACUGCAAAUGCUAUUCCUCAAGUAUUUAUGGAUAGCUUCACUAAAUCACUUGUUAAAAUAGCAUAUAAAAACCAAGACAUCUUCUUAAAUGCAAUGAAAGAACAUAAAAUACCAUCAUUUGAUUAUCAUUUAAUGGAUUAUGUUACAACUGUUCCACAGUUUGAUAAUAAUUUUGAUUGUAAAUUAUUUGGAUUUGGACAUUAUGAGACAUAUUAUUAUGACAUUGAACAAUGGUAUCAUUUCUUACCUAAAUCAACUAUUCCACUUUUGGCAAUUAAUUCUAUAGAUGAUCCUAUUGCUAUUAUGCCAUCAUACACUAUCCAAAGAGUCAAAAAUAUGGUGGCAUCAAGUUCAAAUGUUAUUUUUAUUCUCACAAAUAAUGGAGGACAUUUGGGUUGGGUUGAUAAUUCUAACAAAAUAUCAUUUGUUGAUGAAGCAACUUUAGAGUAUUGUGAUGAAUUGGUUAAGUUAUUCAAUGGUGGAAAUUAA